AUGUUCAGCAAGGGUUCGUUGCAGCAGGUUGAUGCGGACGGCCGUCCACGCAUGGAGAAGUACAUCCUGCGUAAGGCGUUCGAUGUGAUCCCAGAUGACAUUGAGGCUGGCGGCGACGGAACGGGCAGCAAGCUCUCGUCGUCGGCACCGCGCAAGCCCUACCUGCCCGAGGACAUCCUCUGGCGCCAGAAGGAACAGUUCUCCGACGGUGUCGGCUACUCGUGGAUCGACGGCAUCAAGGACCACGCGGAAAAGACCAUUUCGGACGACAAGUUUGCCGAGCGCGCAAAGCGGUACCCCACCGACACGCCCGAUACCAAGGAGGCCUAUAUGAUCCGUGAGAUCUUCGAGAGCUGGUUCCCCUCCGAGGCGGCCGCCUCGACGUCGGUGCGUUGGAUCCCGCGUGCUGAUUGGGGCUGCGCUGCGGACCCUUCUGGCCGUGCUGUCAAGAUCCACGAGUCGGCCUACUCUGCCGACGAGUAG